AUGGGGCAUUUCUUUCACGUGUGUUUGUAUUUGAUGGGUAAAGUUUUAUUCGUAUUGACUAAACGCAACUCUCCAGAUUUCCAUGUGAAUGGGGAUUAUUUGUUAGGUGGACUUUUUGACAUUCACACCAGUAGCUCUGCUAGCCACGACAGACCAGAAGCCAUUGACUGCUCCAGUCAAACCUUUAGUCUGUCCGGUUAUCGGAGGUUCCAGCUGAUGAGAUUCUCAGUGGAGGAAAUCAAUAACUCAACCAAACUCUUGCCCAACGUGUCUUUGGGCUACAAGAUAUUUGACCACUGCUCGGUUGCUAAGAAUUUCCCUGGAGUUCUUAACCUCAUUUCAACCGAUGGCUUGAUCCAACCCUGGAGUGAAGCGCACCAGCAUGUGUCUGCAGCCUCCAAAGUGGUGGCAGUUGUUGGUCCUUUUACGAGCACAGACACCCUGACUGUGGCGCCGCUCUUCAUGAUGGAUCUCAUUCCACUGGUCAGUUACGGAGCUGCCAGCUCGGUAUUUUCAGAAAAAGCAAAGUAUUGGUCAUUCCUGCGCACCGUGCAUCCCAAUAAAGAUUCGGUCAGAGUGAUUGUCUCCAUUUUGGAGUACUUCCAAUGGCACUGGGUAGCCUUCCUCAGCAGUGAUGAUGCUUAUGGCAACGAUGGCCAGGAACUGUUCAUCAAGAUGAUCAAGGACACCCACAUUUGUCUGGCGUAUACCAGCAAGCUCAAACAAAGCUUCAAUUACUCUGUAACGUUCCAGCAUAUCAAAGCGCAUGGGAUAACCACCAUUGUUGUUUUUGCUUCCAAAAUGACUGCCGAAUAUCUAAUAGAGUCGGCGAUACUAAUGGGCGUCACCAACAAGGUGUGGAUAGCGGGAGAAACCUGGUCCUUGAACGAGAAGCUCCCGAAGAGAAAGGAUAUCCAAAAAAUCGGAACGGUCCUGGGAGUGUCUCAACCCGUGUUGACGAUACCUGGUUUCAGUGAUUAUUUGCUUACUUCCCAUAGCAAAAUUCAGUGUGGCGAUGCAGAAGGAGGACAGCUUUGCAAUCAAGUUUGCAACUGCUCCAGCCUGAGUGCACAGGACAUCAUCUCUAUGGACCCCUCUUACUCGUUUUCUGUUUAUUCAGCUGUGUAUGCCAUCGCUCACGCCUUACACAAUGUCUUGCAAUGUGAUAAGGACACAUGUCACAGGAAUAACGCCGUCUAUCCGCAUAAGGUUCUGGCAGAGCUGAAGAAGUCAAACUUCUCUCUUUUAAACCAGACUAUUCACUUUGAUGAGCACGGGGAUCCAAAGUUUGGAUCUUAUUUUAUCGUCUUCUGGAACCAGAGUGGGGACAUAGAGGAGGCUGGGUUUUAUGAGUUUCCCUCCUUAAAUAACUUUUUUAUUAAUGACACCAAGAUUCGUUGGCAUGGAAACGGGAUGGUUCCAACAUCUCGAUGCUCUCAGGAAUGUCCUGUAGGAUUUGCAAAGAAACAAGACGGAAUUUACAAAUGUUGCUUUACGUGUGAGGAAUGUCCCAAAAGAACCUACAUCAACAUCACAGAUGAUCCGUACACGUGUGUGGCGUGCAAGGAGACAGAGUGGUCGACAGCAGCCAGUACUUCAUGCACUCAGCGACAGGUGCAGUACGCCUCAUUUCAAGACAUUAGUACCAUAUCGAUCUUGGUGGCCAUGUUGUUCUUGCUGGGCCUGGCGGUCACCAUGUGUGUCGUCUUUGCUCGCAACUACAACACGCCAGUCGUCAGGUCGGCCGGUGGCGUCAUGUGCUUCCUGAUUUUGGGCUGUCAGUGUCUGUGCAGUGUGAACAUCGUCUUCUUCUUCGGCAAGCCCACCCACUUGUCGUGUGUCUUAAGGCACUGGCCCUUUUCUUUGUUUUACACUACAUGUAUCGCAUGUUUUACUGUGCGCGCUUUCCAGAUUGUUUGCAUUUUCAAAAUGGCUGCCAAGUUCCCCAAAGUCUACAGCUGGUGGAUGAAAUAUCACGGGCAGUGGCUGGUCAUUUUAGGGACGUUUAUGACCCAGUCCGUCCUGAUUGCCAGUACUUACUCUCAUUCCACCCCCAAGCCGUACAACGACACUCAGUGGUCUCCUGACAAAAUCAUACUGACCUGCGACACAAAUUCAGCAAGGGUUACUGCUCCUAUUACUGUUUUAUUAGCUUUGUGCAUCAUCUGCUUCAUUUUCUCCUACAUGGGAAAAGACCUCCCCAAAAAUUACAACGAGGCCAAAUCCAUAACCUUCUGCUUGCUUCUGAUGGCUCUAAACUGGAUCAUCUUUGCAACUGUUGAUGUGCUUUAUAAAGGCAAGUACCUCCAAACCCUGAAUGCUCUGACAAUGCUCUCUUGCAUCUACUCCUUUAUGUUGUGGUAUUUCCUCCCAAAAUGUUACAUCAUCAUAUUUCAACCCCACAAAAACACACAGCAGUACUUCCAAGGCCUCAUCCAGGACUACACUAAAACAAUAAGCCAGUAA